AACGCCUUCUACGCGCUGCAGCAAAGGCGGUCUGAGUAACAAUUGAUAGCUGAAUAACAACACUAAGAAAUUGUAUUUUUUAUUAAAUUUAUAAUAGACAUUAAAGAGUUUAAAUAUGAACACCGGUUUUUAACGUCCAUUGUACUAACCAAUCAGAGAAAGCCUCUGCACAAGUAUGUUGAUUGCCGCUCUAUGCUUUUACUCUAGAAACAGUAAAGUCAUCAUUUCAGCGCGACGCCUGCGUGCAAUAACCUGCGACAUUAUAACUGCGACGUCCAUUGUGACCGGUGUUGGAAAACCAUUAUUUAACAGAUGAUGGCAGACCUUGGACUGAAGGAGGGGGACAGAGUGCUGCUGAUAUGGACUCAGCCAUCAUCUCCCACUGCACUGAAGGAGUUUGCUGAAAGCAUUGGCACUGUUGUUGGUAACCAGAGUCUGGUGUCUUUGGAGAACAUGGAGAGACUACAGCUUUCGUCUCACGCAGCUUCAAGUUACGACUGGGUUCUCUCAGGCCUGCUGACCGACAGCUCACCAGUCCACAGUUCAGAAAUGUUGGCUGAGAUGGCCAGAGUAAUGAAACCUGGUGGCAAACUUGUGCUAGAAGAGCCAGUAACCGGUUCUGAGGACAAUAGUGUGAGAACCGCUGGGAAACUGAUGUCAGCUCUUAAACUGUCUGGAUUAGUAUCUGUCACCGAGGUAAAGAUAGAGCCGCUGAGCCCAGAAGCAGCCGCAGCUCUGAAAGAACGCACAGGGUUCCAGGGAAACACGCUUUUAAGGGUGCGCAUGUCGGGAUCUAAACCUAACUUUGAGGUCGGAUCCUCAACACAACUGAAACUUUCCUUUGGCAAGAAAACCACUACAACAGAGAAACCAGCUCUUGAUCCAGGCACCGCACAAAAGUGGACUCUAUCGGUCAAUGAUAUGGAUGACGAUGAUGUGGAUUUGGUAGAUUCAGAUGCACUUUUGGAUGCUGAUGAUCUGAAAAAACCUGACCCAUCCUCUCUCAAGGCUUCCUGUGGAGAUGACUCCAAAAAGAAAAAGAAGGCUUGCAAAAAUUGCACUUGUGGUCUUGCUGAAGAAUUAGAAAAUGAGAUUAAAGCAACUCCGAAAGCCAGCCAGCCCAAAUCAGCCUGUGGAAGUUGUUAUCUGGGCGAUGCCUUCCGAUGUGCCAGCUGUCCAUAUUUAGGCAUGCCUGCCUUCAAACCUGGAGAGAAGGUUCUACUGGCCAACACUGAUACAGCUGAUGCAUAGACUCUCACUUUUGAGACAUUAUUACAUUCC